AUGGCGGACCUGGUGACGGUCGGGGUGAACCUGGACGCCUUCUCUCACGCCAUCAGCGGCAUCCAGGCGCUGCGCUCCAGCGUGAACCGCGUGUUCGAGUCCCUGAAGGAUGGCAUGAAGAACCGGGAGACCCUGGAGGGCCGCGAGAAGCACUUCAUAGUUCAGUUCCAGGACCACCUACAGGCCGUCAACAGGGACCUGAAUGAGCUGGAGCGCCUCAGUGGUCUGGUGGGCCGCCCCUCAGAGUCCCACCCGCUCCACAACAGUGGUCUCCUCAGUCUGGACCCGGUUCAGGACAAGACCCCCUUGUACUCCCAGCUGCUGCAGGCCUACAAGUGGUCCAACAAGUUGCAGUACCACGCUGGUUUGGCCUCCAGUUUGUUGAAUCAACAAUCACUCAAACGAUCGGCCAAUCAAAUGGGAGCUUCAGCCAAGAGACGACCUAAAGUCCAACCCAGUACUCUGGUCCUGCCUCCUCAGUAUGUGGAUGAUGUCAUCUCUCGGAUCGGCAGGAUGUUUCCUGAUAUGACCAUCGAGCUGUUCAGGCCCAAUGGGACGUCUGCUGUACUUCUGGUGACCUUGGGGAAGGUGCUGAAGGCGAUCGUCGUGAUGCGUUCGCUGUUCAUUGACAGAACGAUUGUUCGAGGAUUCAACGAAAAUGUUUACAAUGAGGACGGAAAGCUGGACAUCUGGACCAAGUCUCAGUACCAGGUGUUCCAGAAGGUAACCGACCACGCCACCACGGCCCUGCUGCACUACCAGCUCCCCCAGAUGCCCGACGUCGUGGUCCGGUCAUUCAUGACCUGGUUGAGGAGCUUCAUUAACCUCUACUUGUCUGCCUCUCUACCUGUCUCUCUCUCUCUGUAGACCUGGUUGAGGAGCUUCAUUAACCUCUACUUGUCUGCCUCUCUACCUGUCUCUCUCUCUCUGUAGACCUGGUUGAGGAGCUUCAUUAACCUCUACCUGUCUCUCUCCACCUGUCUGUCUCUAUGUAGACCUGGUUGAGGAGCUUCAUUAACCUCUACUUGUCUGUCUCUCUACCUGUCUCUCUCUCUCUGUAGACCUGGUUGAGGAGCUUCAUUAACCUCUACUUGUCUGCCUCUCUACCUGUCUCUCUCUCUCUGUAGACCUGGUUGAGGAGCUUCAUUAACCUCUACCUGUCUCUCUCCACCUGUCUGUCU